CAUAUUCGUCCAGACCGAAAUAUAGACACACUCCUCUGUAUCUAUAUAUUCUCCGUGUCGUUGCAACCGGAACUCUCCCUGCAAAACGCAAAUCAAAUGGCCGGAGGUAACAGCAGCAGCAACUACACCAAACACCAAUCUAAUAAGCCCUCUUCAUCUUCUUCCUCGUCUCACAAAUCUCGCUGGGAAUCGGGCCCCACCAAGCCGCCUCCUAAUCGGAAUCAGAAUCUCCCUGCUGCCGCUAAUUCGAGAAACUUGCCUCCACCACCACCCCUUAAGCCCAAAUCCACAUCUAACAACAACCCUCUUCCUAAACCUAGCCCACAAAACCCAUCUCCAUCUGGGCCCCCAUUUGAUAACCAUGGCCCACCUCCUUCUUAUGGCUUUCACAUGCUUGAUAGGAGGUCAAUUGGUCUUGCUGAUGGUAGUGUGAGAUCUUACUUUGCUUUGCCUUUGAAUUACCAAGAUUUUGCACCCCAAUUGGCCCCACCUAGGUUUUUAGGGAAUGAGGGGAAUGUGGGUAAGCAGUUUCCGAUGAGCCCCGAUUUUCGGGAUAGUCGGAAUAAGAAUCAGGAGUAUUGGAAUUCUUUGGGGAGGGAGGGGGGGUCGUUGAAGAGGAAGUUUGUGGAUGAGGGGGAUGAGAGGGAUGGGUUGGCUAGGCAAAGGCAGCAGCUUUUGCAGUAUGGGAAUGCGGGGUUGAAUUCUGGUGGGGGACCGAGUAAUGUGUAUGGAAGGGAGGAGGAAUUUAGGGGCGGGAAGUUUAUGAGGGGUGAAGAGGGUGGGAGGAAUGGAGGGAGGAGUAAGUUUAGUGAGGCUGAUCAGGCUGCGUUGAAGAAAGCGUUUUUGCAUUUUGUUAAGUUGAUUAAUGAGGAUUCAGGUCUGAGGAAGAGAUGUCUGGCGGACGGGAAACAAGGUCGUAUUGGAUGUAUGGCAUGUCGCAGGUCUACCAAAGAUUUCCCAGACAUGCAUGGUCUUAUUAUGCAUACAUACAACCCAGAUAAUGCUGAAUUACUUGUCGAUCACUUGGGAUUACACAAAGCUUUGUGCAUACUUAUGGGCUGGAAUCAUCAGAUUCCUCCUGAUAAUUCAAAGCAGUAUCAUUUAUUAUCUGCUGAUGAGGCUGCCGCAAAUCAGGACGAUCUGAUUAUGUGGCCACCACACGUGAUUAUUCAAAAUACAAUGACAGGAAAGGGUAGAGAUGGGCGAGUUGAGGGUUUGGGAAAUAGAGCAAUGGACACUAAGCUUAGAGAUCUUGGUUUCACUAGUGGCAAAGCAAAGUCUUUAUAUGGGAAACAGGGCCAUCUGGGUGUUACUUUGGUCAAAUUUGCUGGUGAUCAAUCAGGGUUAAAGGAGGCUACAAGACUGGGAGAGUUCUUUGAGAAAGAUAACCAUGGGCGGCGAAGUUGGGCUGGUAUGGAAAAUUUGGUGUCAAGCAAAAGUGCGGAGAACAAUCCAAACCUUGUGAAGGUCGACAAGAAUACAGGGGAGAAAGAGAAAAUCCUCUUUGGUUAUCUAGCAACUGCAUCCGAUUUUGACAAGAUUGAUCAGGACACAAAGACGAGGGUGGAGAUUGUGAGCAAAAGGGAUUACUAGAUCUUGGAUCAGCGCAUAAGGUAGAGAUGUGCAAAUUAGUCAAUCUGUUAAUGUUAAAGUUCUUAAAUCUUAGUUUCUUUGCGAGUAAUUAUGGAUAAUGCAGUCCUUAGGUGUAUCGAAGUUAAUUUUUUUAUUUCGAAAUUUAGACAAAGCUUUCAUCCUGCAUUGUCCAGUAUCCAUCUUCUGAUUUGAUUUGUAGUAGGAUUUGGAUAUAGCAAAGGGGAUAUCCCCAGCCGGUGACAUUUAAGAGGUUUAAAAUACCCUUCUCUUGUAUC